AUGAAAGGCCUUCUGCUGCUUGCCCUGUCUUCUCUGUUCUGCUGGGUCUCAGCUGACAUUCGCUGUCACUCCUGCUAUAAGGUCCCCGUGCUUGGCUGUGUGGACCGGCAGUCCUGCCUCCUGGAGCCAAACCAACAAUGCCUGACAACGAAUGUGUACCUCGGUAAGAUGUGGGUUUUUUCCAAUCUGCGCUGUGGCACACAGGAAGAGCCCUGUAUUGAAGCCUACAACCAAACUAGCCACAGACUGGGCCUCACCUAUAACACCACCUGCUGCAGGAAGGACAACUGCAACAGCCCAGCCCCCCGGCCCACCCCCGUCCUGGCCCUUCUUCUUACCUCCCUGGCUGGCCUUGGCCUCUGGCUACUGCACUGA